GUAACCAUGUGCUUUUCGUGUCAGUAGACACAUUUAACCCUCUCCUCAGUAAUAACCCAUGCACAGACAGCUGUCUCUUCUUCUUUCUUUUCCUUCUCUCACUCUGUUUCUCACUCACUCUUUAUGCUACUAGAAUCUCUCCUGGAUUGGAAUUUAACAGGACAGAGAAUUUGGACAGGAAGCCACAACUUAUAAACUCAUUCAACAAGCAAGAAGAGGACAUUUUUGAACAGGAGGACCAACUGUAAAAGUUUAAGGAUUAUUGAGAAAGAAAAAGGACAGUCAGGCUGAAUGAGCAGAAUCAUGCAGGGCUGUCAGAUGUGGACUGGGUUUGUGCCGGUUCUUUUGGUCUGUUUCUUUCUUCUGUUGGAGUCUGGUUCAGGGAAUUCACGAAUGAUCAGGAAGAGGGGACUCAACCAGAAGGACUAUGAGUACCCGAACCACCCUCAGACCCCUCAGCACCAGAAGAACGACCGAUGUCCUCCGCCACCGCAGAUGCUGCCUGAGCGAGCCUGUGAGGUGCCAGGCUGUCGAUCCGAUUCUGAAUGUGAGAGACACAAACGCUGCUGCUACAACGGCUGCAUCUACGCCUGCCUGGAGUCUGUUCAACCUCCGCCCGUGCUGGACUGGUUGGUGCAACCCAAGCCGCGGUGGUUGGGAGGGAAUGGCUGGCUUUUAGACGGACCAGAGGAGGUUCUGCAGGCUGAAGCCUGCAGCACCACUGAGGAUGGAGAUGAGCCUUUGCUCUGUCCCACCGGAUAUGAGUGCCACAUCAUCAACCCAGGAAACCCCUCCGCUGGUAUCCCGAACAGAGGACAGUGCAUCAAACAGAGGGGAAACUCAGAUGGACGAAGCCUGAGACACAAGUCCUUCAAAGAUUACAAGGAUUAUAUAGGAAGUAACUCGAACAAUGCAGUGAACUAUGAGAAACAUCAACAUAAGCAUUUGGGGUGAGACUGGUGUGGGAUCUUUUAUUGAGGACUGUAGUACCCAGUAACCGCUGACCCCCACCUGAACCUCAUUAUUAAAUCCAACACAACUGGACAAGCCUUUCUCUUCAGCCUGAAGCAGAAAUUGGAUCAUAUGUGGUGCUUUUCUUAGGUGCUUAAUGUGGAGUGACAGAAAAACAAAGCUAAAUAUUUCCUACCUCUAACAAAAGCCAAAAACAGACAACCGAAAGUCUUAUAACUGUGUUUUUUAUGCUGCUGAACUCUUUGUUUUGCUUUUUUUCUGCUAUUUUAACACUAAAAUAAGUGUCUUGUGAUAUAUGUCUCAAAAAGGCAGCAUUUCAAAAGCAGAUCAAAAAUGCAAUAUUUUAAUAUGUUGAAUUGUUGAUUUGCUGCUCUGUUGUGAUCAUUUAUUAGUGGUGCUUAGUCGUUAAUAAUGGUGCUUAUUUUCUGCUUCAUAUUUUGUGGAAACUGCGAUACAUUUUGCUUUUCAGGAUUAUUUGAUGAAUAGAAAGUUCAAAAUAAAAGCAUUUAUUUGGAGAAAAAUACUGACACUUUUAAUCAGCUUAAUGUGUGCUUGAUCAAAGUGUUAAUUAAUUUUUUUUGUCUUGCUUUUAAAUGGUGCUUAACACACACACUACAAAUAUACAUCCACAAAAAAAUGAGACAGCAAAAUGUUUUCAACAAUAAUCAUAAUAAAUGAUUCUUGAGCACCAAAUCUGCAAAUAUUAGUAAUUUGUAAAGAAACAUUUGACACUGAACAUUAGAAUAAUGAUGUUAAAAUUAUGAAUCACGUGAGUAAUUCAUUCAUUCAUUUUCUGCAGCGGAAUGAACCGCCAACUAUUCUGGCAUGUAUUUGCACUUCCAGCCGCAACCCAGUACUGGAAAACACCCAUGCACUCUUGCACUCACACAUGCACUCAUACAUACAGCUAAUUUAGUAUAUGCAAUUCACCCAUCCCUUUUGGGUCUUUUGGACCGUUGUAAAUUGUAAUAUUAUUUCACUAUAUUACUUUUUUGUUGUAUUUUUGAUCAACUAAACUCAGCCUUGGUGAGCAGAAGCAAAAAAAUUUUCGAAGUAGUUUUCAUUUUAAAAUUGGGUCACCAUAACCAAGUUAAAUUCCUGCUGUGUACUCGAUUACUGCAAAAUAUUUGUUUUUCAUCUGGUGCUCUGAUCAAUAACUGUGGUUGUUGUUGUUUACUCACUGUGCAGGUCUGUGUUUUACUCCACAGAUGUCAAGAUAAGCAACACGAAUCUGACUAGUGGGAAAAACACAUUACAGUCUUCAAAAUAUUUUACAUCGGUGCUUAUUGACUGACAUACUUUCAAAUAAAACAGUUGAAAUAUAA